AUGAGUGAGAAGAGGGUGGUGGUUGAUUUGCCUCUCCAGAGACGCAGGGCCUCAUCCCUUAGGGGGACAAGGCCCCCCUCUUCUCUGGACAGCCCCCCAGCCUCCAGGACAGGCAUCAUGGGGAGCCUUGGCCGGGCCCCUGGGGUCUAUGUGGGGACCGCCCCCAGUGGGUACACAGGGGGUUUGGGGGCUCGAGUCACCCGCCGGGCUUUGAGGAUUAGCAGUGUCUUCCUGCAGGGCUUGCGGAGCUCAGGUCUGACCUCGGUAGCGGCCCCUGGCCUGGAAAGAGACCACCGUGAGGUGGAGGACUUGGGGGGCUGCCUGGUGGAUUAUAUAGCCAAAGUGCAUGCCCUGGAGCAGAUCAGCCAGGAGCUGGAGACACAGCUGCGCACGCACCUGGAGAGCAAGGCCAAGCGCUCGGGAGGCUGGGACGCCCUGCGGGCUUCGUGGAGCAGCAGCUGCCAACAGGGCCACAUGCCAGUGGUAUAUUCCUACAAUUCUAGCCGCUCAGGAGGGCUGAGGGCUAAAGAUCCCAGUUUGGAGGACGUGAAACUGCUGUACAAACAGCUUCUGGGGUCUGAGCUGGAGCGCGUGGACGUGCCCUCGGUCACAGGUCUAGACGGCAUCCUUGAGACCAUCAGAGUACAGUGGGAGAGAGACGCGGAAAAGAACCGGGCAGAGGCGGGCGCCCUGCUCCAGGCUAAGCAACAGGCCGAGGUGGCCCUUGCGUCCCAGACCCAGGAAGAAAAGCUGGCGGCGGCACUGAGGGUGGAUUUGCACAACGCCUCCUGCGAGGUACAGAGUCUCCAGGCGGAGACCGAGUCCCUGCGGGCGCUGAAACGAGGCCUGGAGAACAGCUUGCACGACGCCAAGCACUGGCACGAGAUGGAGCUGCAGAACCUGGGCGCCGUGGUGGGCCGGCUGGAGGCCGAGCUCAGCGAGAUCCGCGCCGAGGCUGAGCAGCAGCUGCAGCAGCGCGCGCAUCUGCUGGCCAGCCGGGGUCAGCUGCAGAGGGACCUGGAGACCUUCCACGCCCUGCUGGACCGGGACGAGAGCAGCUAAUCGAGAAACUUCCUCUUUUCACCCAAGAAAAGGCCUCACAACCUCUCCCCACCAGCCAGCCAGUGACGGGGCCUAAAGAGUUU